GCCGCUAAUUCCACUGCUUUCUCUCUCUUUGAAAAUUGCGUCUCUCCCAAUCGAUAAAUAGGGAUAGAAAAAUCAUCGGAAAUCGGGCGAACCAGAAGAAAAACGAAGCUCCCAUUAUCCAUUAAUGUCCCUUUAUUGCCACUCAGAAUAUUCCUUCACCAUCAGAAACCAGAACCGGAAGAAGACGACGAACAAGACGACCCUUCCCAGAGUUGCAGGUUUGGUGGGUCAGGAAGCAUUGAAGGAGGAUAGCAUAGACUAAGCUUUCGUUUACUUCCUUUUCGAAAGGGUAGCUAUGCAGACCCCAAAAUCAAGAAAUUCCUCGGCAGAAGCUCCUCAAAAGGUUACUCCACGAGUUGCUCGGAAACUUCGGCCCACCGCUCUGGAAUGUGAUUCUGCUUCCUCCUCAAACCAAGCAAAUAAAACCAUUAAAGAACGAAGCCCUAAAGUUAUUGAUCGAAAGUCACCCAGAAGCCCUGCAUGCGAGAAAAAGCGUCCGAGCAAGAUAUCUGAGUUGGAAUCCCAGAUUUCUCAGCUCCAGGAGGAUCUGACGAAAGCAAAGGACCAGUUAUGUUUAUCAGAAUCAUGGAAGAAGGAAGUCGAGCAAGACGCGGAGUUGUCCAAGAAUCAAUUAGUAGCCAUGACCUUAGAGCUUCGAGAGUCUCAAAAGCAAGUACUUGAGCUAUCCGCUUCCGAGGAAGCUCGUGUUAUUGAACUACAAAAGAUCUCUCAAGAGCGAGAUCGAGCCUGGCAAUUGGAGCUUGAGGGCAUUCAAGAACAGCACAAAGUCGACUAUGCUGCAUUGGCUUCUGCUGUGAAUGAGAUUCAGCAGCUAAAGACCCAGCUUGAGAUGGUAGCUAAAUCUGAAACAAAACAGACUGAGCAUGCAGAUUCAGCUAAUAAUGAACUCGAUAGCUUGAGAAGAAACCUUGCAGAAACUCUGUGUCUUGUCGAAAGAAUGAAAGACGAACUGAGUACUUGCCGAGAAUCCGAAGCUCAGGCUCGGUUACUUGCUAGUGAAACUCUAGCACAACUUGAAGAUGCCAAAAAGCGGGUGGAGGAGCUCAGAGCUGAUGGUAUAGAAGCAAUGAAAGCUUACCACUCCAUUGCUUCAGAGUUGGACGAGGCGAAGGCACGUGUUAACUUAUUAGAAGAACUUGUUAGUAAACUCGAAACAGACAUCGCUAAUGCUAGCAAUAACCUUUUGCAACAUCCAGCAGUUAAAAACGAGGAAAUGAGGGAAGAAGAUCAUGUUGAAGAAGUUUGUUGUAUGAAGUCACAGAUUGAGCAACUGAAAUCAGCCCUGGAAAUGGCUGAGACCAAAUACCAUGAAGAACAAAUUCAGAGUGCAGUCCAGAUAAGAACAGCUUAUGAACAGGUCGAGCAGAUUAAAUCCAACAUGAAUUCUAGGGAGGCUGUUCUUGAGCAGGAACUGAAAAAAUGCAAGGCUGAUAUCGAGGAGCUGAAGGCUGACUUGAUGGAUAAGGAGACUGAAUUGCAGGGCAUCUCAGAGGAGAACGAGCAGCUGCACACAAAGAUUCAGAAGAACCUAUCUAGCCAGAGGGAAUACGAACUCGAAAAGGAGAUUAAGGAAUUAAAGGAGCAUCUUGCAGAGUUGAAGUUGAAUCUCACAGAUAAGGAGAGAGAAUUGCAUAAUGUUUCGGACGAGAACGAGACGCUAAAACUAGACAUGAACAAAAGGAUAAUGCUUCGAGCAAAAGCAAACGACGGGACUACAGAAGUCGACGAUGCAACGGCUGCUGAGCGAGAGGCUCUCACAAGACUUGGGAUUGUGAUGGAGGAGGCAGACAAAAGCAACAAGAGGGCCGCUCGAGUGUGCGAACAGUUGGAGGUUGCACAGGCAGCUAAUGCUGAGAUAGAGACAGAGUUGAGACGGCUGAGGGUGCAGUCGGACCAAUGGAGGAAGGCAGCAGAGGCAGCAGCCGCUAUGCUCUCCGCGGGAAGUAACGGGAAGUUCAUGGACCGAUUGGGAUCGUUGGACAGCAGCUAUGAUUCAGGUGCAGGGAAGUUGAACAUGUCUUAUUGUGAAGAAAUAGAUGAUGAUUUGCUGAAAAAGAAAAAUGAGAAUGUGUUGAAAAAGAUAGGGGUGCUGUGGAAGAAGCAACAGAAAUGAAAUGAGGUUGGCAUAUCUAAAUCUAACCUUGUAUUAUGAAAACUAUAUUUGCAUAUUUUUUAGGCUGUAUUUUCUCUUAAUAUGAUGGGAUGUUGUUUCUCUUUA